AUGAGGGGGACUUUGAGUACUAGCAAGAGAUUGGAAGAUGUUGAACAUGUUGGAACAUUGAAUCGACUGGUUACUUGUUGUUUUGCUUCUUUAUCUAAUACUGAUGUUGACCAACGUUUGUCGGCUACACAAGCUGCAGUUCAGACAAUGAAGGUUUUAACAGCUGUUCCUAAGUUAAUGAAACGACAAGAAAGCUUCAGAAAUACGAUUGUAAGCUUAGGUUGGAAUAAAGCAGCUGGUGGUCGUGAUAUCGAAGCUUCAAGUCGAACGAAUUUCUCAGGUUUGGCUAUCAAUCGGGCUUGCUCAAGAUAUCAAGCGUUUGUAGAACUUUUAAAGGUUAGAGAUAAUACUUCAAUCGAUACUUGUAUACCUACAUGGGAUAUAAAUUUGGCUUGGAGGACUCAUCAAUUGAAGGGUCUUAAUUAUAGUGAUGCAAUUUUUGAACAUCUUGGAAAGGAUUUAUGCUUACCCUGGAUCAUUGGCAAAACGUAUAGUUUUACUGAGCGAGUUUUCGAUCAGCAUACACUUACGGCUUUAUUCGAAUCCACCUCUAAAGCUUGGGAGAAACUUUACGGUGUCAGUUAUUCGCAAUACCCAGCCCCCGAAAUCGUCUUUGUUAAACCUGAACUGUUACGCCAAUCAAGACUUCAGCUUUCGGCUCGUGCACCUUCUCCACCACCCGUCUAUGUACCAGAUAGCAACAGGGAGGAUGGAUCGGUGGUCGCCCCUCCACAAGCGGUUUGCUUUGUGAUCGAUGAAUCUCGACCUUCGAUGACCGGCAGUCAAAGAUCGAGACCAUCCUAUGAGCAUGACCAACAAUCAACUAUAGGAUCUGAUGGUUCAAACUAUUCUGAUGAUAUAAGACCUUAUCAUCCAGAUACAAAGACUCAAGGAGCGCAAGAGAUAAUUGCUAAAUCGAUCUCUGCAACACAGAAUAUAAAAUCAUCUAUGCCAGAACGUGCGGUCAAGAAUGUCACCAAUUUAUCAAUUGUCUCGGAAUUACCCACAAGUAAAACUUCUAAUCAAACAACGGUUUCAAAACCUGAAAGUGCAAGAAAGAUUAGAUUUGAGGAUGAACAGUCAUCAUUAAGACCGUCACCUAAAUCAAAGACUUCAGAUGCUGGAGUUUUGACUUUUCUAACGGCUUAUUGGUCUUACCUUAUUGUGUUGCUCAUUCGUCAUUUACGUGAUGUUUUGGAAGAAAGAUAUUCACCUAACUCAUAUGCACAUCUUAUUCCAAAAAAUGGUUCAGAUUCCAGUUCAUUCUUUACGAGAAAACUUGAGAUUACACUCUUAGAUUGUACAGCCGGAGAUAAUGGAAUUGGUUUUGGAUAUACUCAUACUACUACCCAAUCCUUAAACAUUUCAUCUUAUAAUUAUUUAGGAUUUGCUCAAUCAAGUAGAAUAUGUACCGAUCCAGUUGAAGAAACUUCAAUUCAAUUGAUAUCAGUUCAGCAAGAUCAAGAGAUGAUGGUACAGAAUAUGCCUUAUCAAUCAGUCAGUUUUGCCACCAAUUUCACUACAUCUCCUUCUUUAGUUGUUACGGGUUCAUUGGUCAUUUCAGAUGAAUUGAAUCACUCUUCAAUUGGAUUCGGUCCAAGAUUAAGUGAUGCAAUGGUAAGAACUUAUAAACAGAAUGAUAUGAAAGAUUUAGAAAGUUUAUUAAGAGACACAAUUGCAGAAGGUCAACCUAGAAAAAUGAGAGCUUGGAAAAAGAUUUUGGUGGUGGUGGAAGGAUGUUAUAAUAUGGAAGGUUUGAUUCUUGAGUCACCUAAUCUGUUGAGAUUGAAAGAAAAAUAUUAUAUCAGGUAUUCUCAUUUAUAUCUUGAUGAAGCUCUCAGACCACAAGGACAAGGUGUAUGUGAUUACUUUGGAAUUGAACCCAGUCGAAUUGAUAUCUUGAUAGGAACCCCAACCAAAUCACUUCGAAAUUGUGUUCAGAAAUCAGCUAUCACCUCUGAGAAAGAAUCAGUAGCACAUGCCUUGAAGCAAUGA